AUGGCCCUCAGACCUCUACAGGCAAGAGUCCUGUUCUCACAGGGGCUACUCGUACCGAGGUGCAUUCCUCACCCUCCACCUUCGGCCCUCAAGCUUCCCUCAAGAAGCCUCCACUUUUCGCCCACCCCGUUCGCCAUCUUUGGAUCAAAGAAGAGCAACGAGCCCUCAUCGGUCUCCCCCGAGGUCAUUGCGAAUGAGACUGAUCAUCCCAUCUCCGCAUUCCAAUCUCAGAUUGCCGAGCUUGAGAUCGCCGCUCAAUCCAACAAGGAGAAUGCCGAUGCUCAGUUGGCUCUGGUGCGCGCCCUGCUAGAGGGUGGGGAGUACGUUGGACUUGCGUCUUACUACGAUGCGGUGGCGCUGGCAGAAGAUGGCUCUGCUAGCCAUGCUCUUCUUAGAAGCGAGGAGGCGUGGGGAAUAUACAUGGAGGCGCUGGCUCGAUCGAGCCGUAUGGCGGAGGUGGUUUCGAAGGUUCGUCGAAGAGAUCGUUUACUUGCCACUAUCGGCGCCAAAUCUGCCCCGACAUCUAAGUUUUCUCCUUCUCCAGUCUCGCCUCUUUCUUCAUCGACGUCACCUGCUACGGCUUCACCACCUUCGACAUCUCAACCGUCCCCUUCGUCUGUCCAGUCGACGGCCUCUUCCUUGACUUCUUCACUCCUCGGCCACUCGCCAUCUACUUCAAAUACCUCUUCGCCUUCCUCAUCUGGUACAGGUACACCUCUCAAUCCCAUAUACGUUCAGAUGGCGCCGCCUACACCACAGAUGAACGCCUGGCGUGCUUUGCGGUGGGUCGGUGGCUUCCUUCUUUGGGGAUUCAUUAUCCUCACUGUAAUGUCUAUGGUGAUGGAAAACACUGGUUUAUUGAAGGCUGGUCCCGGCCCGGUAGAGUUUGAACCUGAAGAGGGCAAAAUCGUCAAGUUUAGCGAUGUCCACGGCGUCGAGGAGGCCAAGAUCGAACUCUCCGAGAUCGUCGACUUUCUUCGGGACCCCGAACGUUACGACAAACUCGGUGGCCGACUUUCAAAGGGCGUACUUCUUACAGGACCUCCCGGAACAGGCAAGUCACUCGCUCACAACUGA